AGGGAGGGGCAGAAUAUGCCUAUGCCUAUGCCUAUAUCUCUUUCCACCGGACCAGGAGUAAUAGCGUAUGGUUGCCGCUAUAUUACGCCUCCUCUAAGACGAUUACUAACCUACACCCUCCUCCAUAAACAACAUCAACACCAUAGCCAUCGAGCUUCUCAGUUUUCCAUUCUUUAUUCCUUUCGUCUCCCGCCAAACCUCAAUCGUCUCCUCACGGGUAACUGCCCAUUCUUCCGGAUGGAGCGAUACUGGGCUGGAAGUAGCAUCAAUAAGAAUAAAGCCAUGGUAGAGAAUCUGCAACGCUAUGGAGUGAUUGCAUCAAAGAAGGUAGCUGAAGUAAUGGAUACUAUUGACAGGGCAUUGUUUGUACCAGAUGGGAACCCUCCUUACGUGGAUAGCCCCAUGCCAAUUGGUUACAAUGCCACGAUUUCUGCACCUCACAUGCAUGCAACUUGCCUUCAGUUGUUGGAGGAAAACUUGCAGCCUGGAAUGCAUGCUUUGGAUGUGGGUUCUGGGACUGGGUACUUGACUGCUUGCUUUGCCUUGAUGGUUGGACCACAAGGCCGUGUGGUUGGUGUGGAACAUAUACCCGAGCUUGUUACUGAGUCUAUCAAGAACAUUGACAAAAGUGCAGCUGCUCCAUUAUUGAAAGAGGGUUCCCUUUCCAUUCACGUUGGUGAUGGAAGACAAGGUUGGCCAGAGUUUGCACCUUAUGAUGCUAUACACGUUGGUGCUGCCGCACCUGAGAUUCCGAAGCCACUUAUUGACCAGCUAAAACCUGGUGGCAGAAUGGUGAUUCCUGUUGGAAACAUUUUCCAGGAUUUGAAGGUUGUGGACAAGGACCAAGAUGGUUCUAUCAGUGUUCGAACCGAGACUUCCGUCCGUUACGUUCCUUUAACAAGUCGGGAAGCGCAAUUGCAGGGUUAAGAGUUUGCAAUGGUUAUGUUAGUUCUGUUGAAACUGGGUGUGGGAAAACAAGUGCUCAUAAAUUGCACAUGGAUCUUGGCAAGCUAGUGUACAUAUAGUCGUAUUUGGGACUUGCUAUAUCAAAGUAUUUUGGUUCUCUAUUGCUUGUUAGUCCAUGGCCCUUGCUUGUCAAUGGUCGUUCCCCCUUCCCUGGCUUUGUAGGUGAUAAAAUGCUGUAAUUUCUAAGCUGUUUAGGGUUGAAUCAUGGCGUUCCACAAGCCUAAGGAAUCUGAGUUCAUUUCUUUUUAA